AUGUCUGCACCGACUCCAAACUGGUGGAAGACUGGCACAGCAUAUCAAGUAUGGCCAGCUUCGUACAAGGACAGCAACGGCGACGGCAUUGGUGAUAUUCAAGGUCUCAUUAGUACCCUGCCGUACCUGAAGAAGCUAGGCAUCGACAUAGUAUGGCUAUCACCAAUGUACAAAUCACCUCAGAAGGAUUUCGGCUACGACAUCUCAGACUAUCAGGACGUUGAUCCGCAAUUUGGCACGCUGGCUGAUCUUGACGAGCUCAUCAAGAAAUGCCACGAUAUGGGCAUGAAGCUCCUACUCGAUCUGGUCAUUAACCACACCUCCGACCAGCACAAGUGGUUUCUGGAGAGCAAAAAGGACAAGACCAACGAGAAGGCGGACUGGUAUAUCUGGCGAGAUGCCAAGAUGGUUGACGGCAAACGACAUCCUCCAAACAACUGGAGGUCAAUAUUCGGCGGCAGUGCGUGGGAGUGGGUCGAAGAAAGGGGCCAGUACUACCUACAUCUGUUUGUUCCCGAGCAGCCAGAUCUCAACUGGGAGCUCGAUGAGGUGCGGCAAGCUAUCUACAGGGAGGCCAUUUCUUUCUGGCUGGACCGAGGCGUGGAUGGCUUCCGGGUCGAUACCUGCAAUCUCUACUCGAAAAACACCAGUUAUCCAGAUGCACCGAUAGUGUUGAUGGGCGAGGAGUACCAGCCUGCUGAGGCUCACUUCGUGAAUGGUCCACGCAUGCAUGAGUGGCUAAAAGAGCAACGAGAACAGGUUCUCGACAAGUAUGGCGACGUGGCUAUGGUUGGUGAGCUACCUGGGACGGACGCUGCCGAGGUCCUGAAAUAUGUGGCUGCUGAGGUCCGUGAGCUCAGCUGCGUAUUCGACUUCGAUGUCGUGAGUCUCGGAGGGCGGCAUGGAGCUGGUGUGAAGAAGCACCAGGUUCAUAAGCACGAUCUGCCAUCUUUCAAGCAAGCCAUCGGUAAGCAACAAGAUUUGACGCGUGGGACGACAGCCUGGAGCACAGCCUUUUUGGAGAACCAUGACCAGGCGCGAAGUCUGAACCGUUUCGCUACUGCUGAUCCCAAGUAUCGCGAGAAAGCGGCGAAGAUGCUUGCCACUCUGCUGGGCUGCUUGACAGGGACACUCUUCAUCUAUCAGGGCCAAGAAAUCGGGAUGGUGAACAUGCCGGACUCUUGGGGCAUCGAGGAGAUCAAGGAUCCGGACUCCCUAAACGCCUACCACGAUGUCAUGCACCGCCACGAUGGCGAGCCGCUCUGGCUGGAAAAGGCCAUGGCGGGUAUCCGAAGGGUCGCCCGAGACAAUGCCCGUACACCGGUACACUGGGACAGUUCGAAACACGGCGGCUUUACUACCGGCGAGCCUUGGAUGAGAGUACACGACCUCUACCCUGAGAUCAACGUUGCCGAUCAGGAAAAGAAUCCAAGCAGUCCUCUCAACUACUGGCGCAAGAUGAUCGAGAUACGACAAAAAUAUGCUGAACUGGCUGUUUUCGGCGAUUUCGAGACGUGGGACUUCUUGGAGCCAGAUUCAUUCACCUUCACCAAGGAAAAUAAGUCAAAUGGCUACGAGAAGAAGAAGCUGUUGACGUUCCUGAGCUUUUCAGAUGAGGUUCAGCCGCUGCACUUCCCACCGGAUUGCAAAGGCAAGGAGAUGGAACUGUUGAUCUCAAACGUCGAUGAGCCUGGCAAGCACUUGACGCCUUGGGAGGCCAGAGUAUAUCUCGUCUCGCUGUAA